GCAUGUGCUAUUUCCCUGUUGCCAAGCUUAGUGGGGCCAUAACCUCAGAGGGAACCAGGAAUCUCACACUGUUCAUUCACAUUUAUCUGCUGCCGUGAGAGAAAACCUUUUUUUUUGUCAGUUGGAGAUCACUGACAGGAUUAUUGUGGAUUAAUUCAUAGGCAACCAUACUAAGCCCUGUGCUUGAAGAUUAUGUAACUGUUUUGAAUGGCCAUGUUGUACACGGAGCUACUGCGACUCUGGGACGAGGCCGUGAAGGCCAUGGACGUGCAAGACUGGAAGGGUGCGCUCGCCAAGCUCGACGACAUCUACGAGCCCACUGCCCGCACCCUGUUUGCGACCGCAGCCGCACACUUAGCCCUUGGUCAGCUGCAGCCAGCCAUCCAGGCUUUAGAACAGACCAUUAUCAAGGAUGAGAGGCUUGCUGUUGGCUUUUUCCAAAGGGCUGGAGUCCUUUUGCUGGCUAAUAGGCCGGAGGAAGCUCUCGCUGACUGCAUAUGUGCCCAGAAGCACAUGAGAGAGAAUGGCGUCAUUGACUACCGACAGCUGGGGCUGCGCUAUAAACUCUACAGUUGGCAGGUGCUUUACAAUGCAGCUGCAGUGCACGUCAGGAUGGGCCACUGGGAUAAAGCCCGGGACAUCCUGUUAGCCGCGGCCGAGGAGAAAGGCGGGGCUCGUGGUGGCACUGUGGAGGCAGCACUGGACAGUAUCUCGAGGAGGGAGGUCCUGGCUCCUCUCCUGGUCCCAGUGGGAGACGUGUUCAGACCCAGGAAAGAGGAAGUCGAACAGCUCAAGCAAAGGGAUUUCCUGGGAAAAGCCAAGGUGAUAACCUCUGCACUCCCCAAUGAUGACUUUGCUGGUUUUGAUCCACUCCGCGGUCAGAAACCUGGAUUCUAUGAACCUAAAGUUGGAAGUGGAAGGGACUCCCGGUACAUGCAUAUGAAGAGUGUGUAUAUGGGCCGCAACCCUGAGGAGCUCUCGGUGCCCGCCGGAGGGAUGGUGUUCAUGUUCAGUGAAGCGGACCAAACUGGCAUGGCCACUGUGAUCUAUGAUGGAAAGAAAGGCCUGCUGCCCAUCACAAUGCUGGAUCCUGUGGAUCCCAAGAAGGCCAAGAAAAGCAAAAAAAAGGUAGAUAGUGUGCCCAAUGGCAUUCCCUUCCCGCCUGCACUCAGCCCCCCCACUCGCCCCGAGACCUCCUCCAGUCCUCGAGAUGGCCCACCGUCGUAUGUGAGCGCCACCCAAAGCUUUCCACCUCUUCAGUAUGGAGCCCCAGCCAUCAGCCCCACUGACUCGGACCUGCCAUCUUCCUCCUCAGAUGACCCUGGCUCAGUGGUAGUGAAGGUGCACUACAGAUACACCGUGGCACUGCGUGUCCCUCCUGGCACACCGUACGACGAGCUACAGCAGAAAAUUGCUCACAAACUGGGCCAGUCGCCCUCUCAAUUGCGCCUGAGGUUUAAGCAUCAUGGCACUCAGGCACUGACCCCGCUGGACACUACAGAGGGCCUCCAGAGCCUGGCAGAGGUGGCCGAAUCUGGUCGGGCCACACUGUGGUGCCAGCAUGAGGAUCCUCUAGCCAACAGGACUAUUCUCUACCAGAUGGUGGCACUGUAUGACUACACUACACAGGGGCCAGAGGAUCUGGAGUUCAGCGAGGGAGACACAAUAGACAUCCUCAGUGAGGUCAAUGAGGAGUGGCUGGAGGGCCACACGGCUGGGAGCAUUGGCAUCUUCCCCAGAUGCUUUGCCUAUCGAGACGGAGAGGCUGCCCAAGAGGCCCAUUCAGCCACAAUGCUGUGAUGCCGGGGUCCAAUAGAGUAUGUGGGAGUGUAGGACAUAUGCACAUGCUCACACACGCAUCGCGCACACACACACACACACACACACACACACACACACACACACACAGACACCAUGUAUGAAUCUGAUAUGGUUUGGGGUUUUCUCCUGUCUCUAAGUAUGUCUACACUUUAGUUUUAUCAUAGCGAUCAUUGGUCUUGGACAAACUGUACUUGUACAUGGUUACAGUAUUCAUAUGGUUAACUGUAUUGGAGGAAAGAGUUUAGAACAAUUGGAUAGAAUUUAAGUCCUUCAGUUACAAUCUUAAAUACUUCAAUUGAAUAAUUUAAGCUGAGGGGCAUUUUACAGACAAUCCACUGUUACACAGUUGUAAUUUAGACAUAAUUUAAACAGAUGUUGUGUGUCCAUUGAGAUCUAUUGAAAGUAUUUAUACCCCCACUGAAUAUAUUUAAUUUGACAGUCACCGACAUGGAUACUAUUUUCUUGUCGAAACAAGUUGUGUACCAUGAAUCUGGGACUACCGUGAUGGGGGUGUGUGCUGUCAACAUGUCAUAACAACUCACUGAAGUCAACAGCCAUGUGCUAUUGAUGCCGGGGGAGUAUUUGAAAAAUAGGUUUUGGCACUUAGCGUCAAACCACUCAUAUGUUAACACCAAAGGUUUGUUAGUGCCUGUCAUAUCUUCUCAGAGAGUAUCACCUUAUAGAACCAAAAAAGAACUAAACAUUAGCAAAAUGAGCUCUCCCUGCAGAAAGUUCUGGUAUUCAAAUUAGACCAGGGGGUCUCUAUCUGAGCCAGUGUGAUUCAUAGCACUGUGUAAUAAGAGAUGCCUUGAAGUCUUGUCAUUCCCCAAUUUGAAACACGCCAUCAUCCCUUAAGGGCUCCUGUUGAACAGCACAGAGUGACUAGCAGGAAGUGCUAGACCAGAGAAUGCAAUUAUUCACAAACGGCUGUACAGAGCCGCUGUAAAAAUAGACGUCUGUGAUUCAGCCAAGGCCGUGGUCGGGGGCCUUGACUUUUCUCUUCCCCUCGGCGAGUCUGUCUCUCUCUCUCUCUCUUUUCUCUCUCUCUCUCAUGCCUAUCCGAUAAUUAAUAGGCAGAUGAAUGUCAGAGUCUUCCAGGCGGCACCAGUGGUGGGAGAGAGAAGUGGUAGGGGGGGCCCCCGUGUCACUCCCAGUCACUCGCUGCGUCAUUCCGGAAUCCGGCAGCUUCUAAAUCAGUCCUCUAUGCAUUUGCAUGUCUCUGACGCCUACUUUUUUUUCUUUUUUUUUUCCGGAACAGUAUGAAAACAUUGGAAUGCAGAAAUAAUAAUGACACCAACGAGGUUUUUACCCAAUUCAUUUGCCUACAAGGCUGUUGCCAUUAUACAAACUUUUCUUCUGUUGAUUUAUUUAUUUGUUUAUUAAGUCGAACCUUUACAUAGCAAUAUAUUUACUUUGCACAAGUAUAUAUCACGUCUGUCCAUCACCUUCACUUUCUGCACCCAGCUCUCUCAUUAAAGCCUUUGUCACUUCA